CUAAAUAAACAUGUGACACCAAAAUCUAUCAAUAAAUAAAAAAAUAAAAGAAAAAAAGACAAUGAGAGUCACUCAUCCACCGGUGGCCGUCGCAUUCGCCGUCACACCGGAAGACACCGCCGCACAUUUAAACAUCCCAGGACCAGGCGGCCUCCGCAAAAAGGCAACAGGAGUAAGACCAUGGCUACUUCUAGAUUCCACAGGCCAAGCUCAAAUCAUCGAAGCUGGAAAACACGCUAUCAUGCGCCGAACGGGUCUACCCGCCCGCGAUCUCCGGAUACUUGACCCGAUCCUGUCGUAUCCGUCAACAGUGUUAGGUAGAGAAAGAGCGAUAGUUAUAAAUUUGGAACAUAUAAAAGCUAUAAUUACAGCACAAGAAGUUUUGUUGUUGAAUUCUAAAGAUCCUUCUGUCACUCCUUUUGUCGAUGAGCUUCAGCGCCGUAUUUUGCGUCAUCAUCACGCCACUACUGCUACUUCUCAGGAGGAAAUGGUAGAUGGUGAUACUGACUGGACACAUUUGUAUGAUUUGGGUGAGCCACGGUCAAGAGAAGUUAGUCCUCCAAGAGUAGCUGCUGCCAAUACACCAGAGAGUGGCGGUCAGGAGGUUAAAGCUGAUGGAAAACAUUCCUUUGACAAGAGGGAUGGACCAAAACUUCUUCCGUUUGAGUUCAUUGCACUGGAGGCGUGCCUCGAGGCAGCUUGCAGUUCCUUGGAUAAUGAAGCAAGGACAUUGGAGCAAGAAGCACAUCCAGCACUGGAUAAGCUGACCUCAAAGAUUAGUACUCUUAAUCUGGAACGUGUACGUCAAAUUAAAAGUCGCCUGGUUGCUAUCACUGGGCGUGUGCAAAAGGUUAGGGAUGAAUUAGAACAAUUGCUGGAUGAUGACGGCGAUAUGGCUGAAAUGUAUUUGACUGACAAACUGGAGCAACAACUUGAAAAUUCUUCUUCGUCUUCUUUUGUUAAUGAAGAAGAUGCCAUGGAUGAAGAGAUUCUCCAAACAGAAUUUGAGGACAGAGUUCCUGCUGAGGGCUUAAUUGAUGGGAAUGAGGAUGUAAAUGAACAUCCUUAUCGAGCUAAUACACUUGGGAGAGACAGCCGUGGGACCCGAACUAGUACAACACGGAGCGGCAAUAGCAAGCACCUAGAUAUUGAGGAACUUGAAAUGCUUUUGGAGGCUUACUUUGUUCAGAUUGAUGGUACUCUGAAUAAACUAUCUACGCUGAGGGAGUAUGUGGACGACACAGAAGAUUACAUCAACAUUAUGCUCGAUGACAAGCAGAAUCAUCUUCUGCAAAUGGGUGUUAUGUUAACAACUGCAACUCUGGUGGUGAGUGCAUUUGUGGUGGUUGCUGGAGUGUUUGGAAUGAACAUUACUAUUGAAUUAUUUGCUAGUGACACUCAGGCACAGAAGGAUGCUGGUAUGCCGAAAUUUCUAUGGACUGUGGGUGGUGGUACAAUUGGCAGCAUCAUCUUAUAUGUUAUUGCCAUUUUUUGGUGCAAAAGCAAACGGCUUCUGGAGUAAAUGUCUCCAAAGUCUAAAUAAAUAGUAUAGCCAGUGGAAUGCAUAUGUAUAUGGUCACUCAUAAGAAGAUUGUUUAUUGGAUGCUAGUAUGUAAGUUGUCUUUUAGUUCUAUGAAGCUUUUAACCAUGAAAAACUCA